GGUGUCGUUUGAUUCUUUACGAAUCGCGAGUUUCUGAUUCGUAAAUAAAUAAUUUUUAAUUGAAUUGAAACGUGUUCGAUUAGAGCAUCAAUCGAGCAAUUCGAAUCGUGGUAAAUUUGUAGAACAAGUUAUAGUGGAGAAACGUUGGGAGUGCAAUAGUAAAAGUAAGGAGAAAUACGAAGAGAGACUAUAUACGGAGACAAUAUCUCCGACAAUUCUUCGAUUAUCAAAAUGAAAAAAAGAAGAAACCCGUAAUCGAAUCUGGAUUAAUUGCAACGAUUAAAUAUGAAGAGCGAGGUGGAGACGGAGUCCGACUGUGUGGACAGUGUUUUGUGUCCGAACAACAACAACAGCAACAACAACGACACCGGUCCCAACAACAAUGUCGCUGUCGUGAAGACGAGCAACGGCCAGGACAAGGAAUACGACUUCAGGGAAAUGGAGUGCGGCGGAUGCGGGGAGAGUGUGCGUGAGCGCAUGGUCUUACGCGUCGGGAGUUGUACGUGGCAUUCCAGAUGUUUAAAGUGUUGCGCUUGUGCGAGACCUUUGCACGAUCAACAUUCGUGCUUCUUGCGCGGCAGGUUGCUGUACUGCAAGCACGAUUAUGCCAUAACUUUCGGUGCGAAGUGUGCGAAAUGCGGGCGCAGCGUGGGCUCCGGGGACUGGGUGAGAAAGGCCCGCGACAGAGUCUAUCAUCUGGCCUGUUUCGCUUGUGAUGCUUGUUCACGUCAGCUCUCUACGGGCGAGCAGUUCGCGCUUUUGGACGCGAGGCUGCUUUGCAAAACGCAUUAUCUGGACGUGGUCGAGGGUAACAACACCUCCUCGUCAGAGGAUUGCGACUCUGAACACGGUGGCAAAGGCAGCAAGACGAAACGGGUGAGGACGACUUUCACCGAGGAGCAACUCGCGGUUCUGCAGGCCAACUUCCAGUUGGACAGCAAUCCCGACGGGCAAGAUCUCGAGAGGAUAGCGCAAGUAACCGGGCUUAGCAAGAGGGUCACGCAAGUGUGGUUUCAGAAUUCCAGGGCGCGACAAAAAAAGCACAGCGGCAAAAUCAAAACCCAAUGUAAGUGUUCGCGAGUGUUUUGCAAAGGACGUCGAAUCGCAGCCGAUUGUGAAUGUAAAGAUUCAAAUGGUUGCUUGUUGUGUUGCCGUGUGUUCGCAGUACAUCAUUCGCCAACGAUGGUGUCACAUCAUCCCGUCGAUCUAUAUCCCCCUCCUGGUAUCAACGUAGUAGGAGCUUAUCUGGGUGGUUAUCAAGCCAGCAAUGCUGGUAGCGACAGUCCUGGUAGUCCGUUAACACCUCUCACACCUUUAACGCCGCUCACACCGACGACACCGAAUCACUUGCAGUCCCAGUUUUGUCAUUCGACCGGAUAACUCAAGACGAAAGUAUUCCACAUGAAAAUCAGUGAUAUUAAUGUUUAAAUAAUAGUACUUCUUUAAAAAAGAAGAGGAUCGUUCUUGAUCUUUUUGUACAUAAAAUGAUAUAUUAUCGCAUAAGAGAUACAAUGAAGUUAUACUCUCUAAAUUUCUUUAAGUAAAAAAAGUGCACUCAAAUUAGAGUGACUUUUCAAUCAUGCGGAGUGAAUUCUCCCACGUUCUGUUGUUAAAGUGAAUAUUUUAUUCUGUGUCAUAGAGUGAAUAUGUGUACUGUGUUGUAGAGUGAAUAUAAUUUUGUGCAAAAAGUAAAUGAGCGCAUCUUAUAAUAGUUUUGCAAUAAGCAUUGUCAAGAAUAGAGCACCGAUUCAGCAAGCAAAGGUUUCGGGUUCGAAUCCAAUCGCGGUGAUUUCUCUAUGAAGUGGAAAUAACCGAGAAACUUAAGACCUGAGCACAAUAAAUUAAUAAAUAAUAUUAGGAAUAAGAAUUAGAAAUAGAAGUUAAAUGUAUUAUACAAUGAUAAAAACUAAAAUAUAACAUAUAAAUAUAGGAAGUAUGUCACACGACUGCAUGAUAUACAGCCUAUAUUUAUAUACAAUUGUAUGUUAUAUUUUAUUUUUUG